UAGCACAAAGGGGGCUGAAAGGGAAGAAAGUCGGGCUGUGCCGCCCCGUUGGAUGCGCUUGGUGUGGGGUACGACCGAGCAUACCUGCCUGCUAGAGACCUACCGACUGACAACUGCCUGCCUAUAUCCCAACGCGACGCAGCCUCCUUGGUGUUCUGCCAUGUCACGCGCCUUUGACGGUACGCUUAUGGACUUUACCGCUUUGACGAAGACUAGUCCGGGCCGUCCACAGAGCAAUGGCGUUCCCACCGAGGAUUGCACAACCGAACUCCUCGUAGCGCUCAAAGGCCUCUACCAGAGUGGCGACUAUUCCGACUUGACCCUGUCCUGCGGCGGAAAGGACUACAAGCUCCACAAGUCGGUCGUGUGUCCCAGAUCCGACUUCUUUGCCGCGGCGUGCCGCGGUUACUUCAAAGAAGCCCGCGAGGGAAGAAUCAGCCUCCCAGAGGACGACCCUCAGAUCGUGGACCUGAUGGUGCAAUACUUUUACCAUCUGGAAUACCACAUCUCGGUGGAAAGCCACGGCACGCGGCGCAACAAGGACCUGGUGAACCAAACGCAAAUGCUGGGCUGGCAUCUCUCCACCCACGUCAAGGUCUACGCCAUGGCCGAGAAGUACGGCAUCGUGGGGCUCAAGGCCGUUGCUCGACGGAGGUUCGAGGCCGCGGUCGACGACGUCUGGCACCACAGCCACUUCAUCGAAGCCGCGCGGGAGGCCUACGGGUCGACGGUGGAAACCGACCGGCCCUUGAGGGAUGCGGUAUCGCUAAAGUUCAUGGCUCGCCCCGACCUGCUGGCCCGGUCGGAGGCCCGGGAUCUUUUGAAGGAGGUGCCGGCGCUGGCAUACGACGUUCUCAUGCUGGUACACCGACCUGCGUACGAUUACAACUGAGCAUGGCAUGGGUUGGAAAAAAACGGGAUGAUACGGACAACUUUGGCUGUAUUCAGUUUAACAAUGACCUCACGGGCGUGGGGUUCGGCGCACAUGCAAGCUUCGUAAACGCGCCCGCUUUCAGAUAACGAUGGCCUCCACAUAAUCAAAACGACGUGGCCCAGGGAAUUACUGGAUACGGAUCGGCGCCGCAGCGAGUCAGGCCGCCCAGUCCCCGUGCGCCCCCGGGGGGGAAGCCGGUGUAGGGAGGAGGAGAGGGGGGGAUCUUAGCAGCCCGGCCUGCGCGUCUAGGCCACAGCCCCAAGUGGAAUGAUACACACCACGCCGUCCGUCCGAGCCCCUUCCGCCCGCUCAUCGGUCCGCGGGAAUUAACGGGCUGAUUGGCUGUCAUCAUUUACGCCCGCUUCAGGCGGACAGCACCAUGAUUGGCAGGCAGGGAGCAUAUCUGCACUUUACGUCUUGUCAAAGGCGAAGAUAAAUAAUGGCGCAAUGUGGUGCCCCUCGUGACGGAUGGGUCUGGGAAGAGUGUGCAAGGUGAUUCUGGGUGCUAGUCGACGGCGGGCAUGAAGCAGAGCAGGAGGGGGGGAUGAAAGAAGACUGAUUUUGGUUUUGGUGUUGCUGAUGAGCAUGGCGGGUACCAUGUCCUUGUCACCGACAAAGAAGCAUGUUUCCGUGGUGUCGGCAGAAGCACCAAGCACAUGCUUCCGCCAACCGUCACAACAACCGCGAAAGGGACUCGCCAAGUCAAUCGUCACAGAACUACUCCUUUAGAGGACAGAAUAACCACAGCUACAUCUACUUGUCUGUUGGCCUUGGGGCACAAGCCGUAAUCAACUUGGCCGGCACGUUUGGUUUGAUUUGAUGGAGAGCCUAGCUAGCAUACAUCCAGACGGAGAUCCAAUCAGGAGUAGGGCACACCGGAUACCCAAAAAUUCAAGAACGAAUGACCACAGUUGAAGGGUAGAAGGAGAAAAAGCGAGGGACGGAGAAGAU